AUGAAGUUCCUCGUUGCUUUCUCUGCCGUUCUGGUCGUCGCUAUGGCUCAGCAGUAUGAGCACCCAUACGAUAUUAUCUACAACAACUUUGACGAGCUUCCCGAGUCUUACGUGGAUCCGGAGCAGGGGCUGCGGUUCCGUAGGGACAUAACUUUUGAUCGCAACAUUGAUAAUGGCCGUGUGUUCGGCACCCUCGGUUCAACCGAUGACGGAUUAUUUGGUCGCGCAGGCGUAGAGCGCCACAUAUUCAACGACGCGCGCGGGCGGCUGGACGCGCAGGCGCACGGCACGCGCACGCUGGGCCCGGCCGGCGGCACCAGCGCGCUGGGCGGCUCGCUCAACUGGCGCAACGACAACGCUAACGCCGCGCUGGAUGUCAGCAAGCAGAUAGGGGGCUCCACCUCCGUGCAAGAUGUGCACAGGCGCAGUGCAGCGGCACAGAUAUUUUACUUUAGCUUUGUAAACAAACGAGAUGUAAUUAGACAUUUAGUCCCUAGGUGGUCCGCAGCCGGCGGCGGUCGUUGGCCUAUCGGCAAGAACGGCGAUUUCGGCGUUGACGGCACCUUCAGCCGCAUCAACGGACUGAAGGACUACGGCGCACGCGGUGUCUUUAACUAUCGCUUCUGAAGCCACCAUAAGAAUAAUACUUGCUAAUUAGAUUACAACACUUUUUUCAUCUUUUACUGGGUGCGGCCGAAAGAGGCCGAAAGCACCUAGAAAAAGAUGACAACCCAGUGACGAUGAUGGUGUCAUGUAAUGUUAUUUGCAAAGAAAGUGACAGCACUGUUUUUUAUCAAAAUUUGAAGUAAUUAAACUUUUCGGCGUGCGUUGGUGCGUUGUACGCAGCGUCUUAAAUUAUCGUUUUUUAAAACAUAGUAUGUGUGACCUAUACUUUAGUACUUCUUAGGUUCUUAGAUUAUAAUACUUUUUAAUCUUAAAUUAAAUGUACCACCGCUAAAUAAUAAUUUUAAGAGAGGUAGGGCAUAGCGGAUUUCCCUGUCGAAUUGGAGCGCCCGUCUGGUAAAACAACCUCCACCUUUUUGGUGGUGUUGUGUUUCUCUCGGUGAGUAAGGUUCAAGGGCUCCACGGGCCACGGGGUAGGGGAUUGGGUCCUGGGUAGGCAACAACGGCGCGAGUGAUAAUUUGACAUCGCAACCGACUAUUUUCUGUGGUGCCGCUUCCCCAUCAGGCGGCUCAUAUGCUUGUUUGCUUGCCACCCUUUUAACAUAAAAAAAAUCGCUUAGAAUUGUAUAGCUAAAUAUAACAAUUUCCAGUAAGCAUUUAACAUCUUUAUUUAUAGCUAAUUUUAUUGUUUCUUCAAUGUCUGUAGUGUUAAAAAAAUAAUCUCAUUGAUCAGAAUUCCAGAUGCGAAAAUCUAUGAUGCAGGGACAUAAUACCUUGUUUCUUCUUGACAACGAGGGGUUAGAGGUGCUUUUUAUUUUUUAUAAAAAUGCCAUCAAAGAGUAAUAUUGGGUAUUAUAUUCCUACAUCAUAGAUUUUCGCAUUUUGAAUUUUGGACACACUUGUUAUUACCAACAAAAAAGGUUGGACUUCUUGCUAGUGUUUUGCUCUAUUCAUCAAAUUACAAGUAAAAUUUAUAAUCUUCGUUUAUUAAGUAAUAAUAAUGUAAUUCUUUAUGAAAAAUUACGUGAACUAGGUAUGUACCGUUUUUUUGUAUUUAUUUCCAUUACCAGUGAUUGUAAUUAUUCUUCAAUGGCAACAAUUUCUUUGAUUCUAUCUAGUGGCUCAUGUAUCUUUACCAAGUUUAGAAAUCUCAAAAUAACCUGUGAUUUACUUGUAAAAUGUUGUACUAUUUAUUGAUGUAAUGUUAUAAACUAUUUCAUUUUUCUAUGCAAUGUCAAUAAUUAUUG